CAGCUGGCGCUCCUCGACUUCCACGCCGUCUGGUGCGGGCCGUGCAAGUUCGUGGCCCCAGUUCUCGGCCGCAUCGCCGCGGCGUACCCUACCGUUGUCGUCGCCAAGAUCGACGUCGACCAGUGCAAGGAGCUCGCGCAGCGGUACGGCGUCACGGCCAUGCCGACGUUCAAGUACAUCAAGAAGGUGGGAGGCAAGCCCGAGGUCGUGGACACGCUGCGCGGCGCCGACGCCAAGGGCCUCGUCAAGCUCGUCGAGAAGCACGCUGCC